AUGGAGAUCGAUGGUAAUACUCUGAUAUUUAUUAUCAUUGUUCUUUUCCUGUUUUUCUCGAGCCCCGGUGGCGAUGGAGUUUCUUCACAGUACGAGUUCAAUCAGUUACAGGAAUUAAGAACUCAGUGGAAUGUCGAGUAUAAAUCUUUUCAAGGUAUGAACUAUAAUGAAAACUUUCAAAAUAUCACGGGCCUAAAACUAGCAUAUCAGGAUAUUAUAGACGACGAGAGCGUGAAUGCCACGUACCCUCUUCCCUCAAAGGAUUAUUCACAUUGGUCUCAAGAUCAGAAAUACGCCAUUCUGCCUGAUGAGGUGAUAUCCCAAGUUAAAAAUAAUGUAUGGACUCAAGAAAAUGCUGAUAAACCAGAUCUUUUCCCGCCAAAUAUCACAGGAACUUUACGUGGUCAUAUUGAGUUGGUAUCAAAUGAUAAGUACUCCAAACUGCCAAUGCCAAUACAAAGAUUCUACGACCCGCCGUCAGAAUUCUCCGAUGUUAGUCCACAUCUUGGAGAUCGAUAUCUGGGGGAUGAAUGGCCACCUUUUAGCGAAUUGCAUAAUGUUACUUUUGAUAAUGGUGAACUCAGUGUUCAGGUGUCGCACGUGGAUAGGGUUUACGAUCGACUAAAGGGCAACCAACAGACGUAUUUUAACUCUCAAACGGAUAGGUGGAAAUUUUUAAAUUUGAGGCUGGAUUUCUCAGAUAAGACAGAACAUGAAAAGCAUUCCCUUUUGACUGAUGCGGUUUAUGAUGUGCAACAUGGGCGGAUUCUAGCUAUGACUCAAAGUGCCAAAUUUCAUUCUCUUUUUGCAUUCCCCCAUUAUAUGAAUCUGGAAAAUGCCAUCGAAAGUGAGGAUACAUUUAAUUCAUUGAAAAAGUUGAUAAACGAAUACUGGAAUGCCUCGAAUUUCGUUGAUACUUUAACUAUGAACGACCUUCAGGACUGGUAUGAUAGUGCUGUUUACAAAUGUGAAUACGUCGCGUUCAUUCAACUAGAGCCUUGGAAUGAAUAUACGCCAGACCAACUGAAAAUGAUUGACGACGAGCUAAAUUGGCCUCUCGGGAGACCCGCAAAUCUCUCCUCAGUACCUCUAAUCAACUUGCAAUCUGGUCUACUAUAUUCACCAGAUUGUGGUAUCCAGCUGAAAUUUAAUAAUAUCAAGGGCAAGAGAUACGAGAUACAGAUGAGAUCGAUAAGAGCUCAUCUUUUAUUUGGAAUCGGUCUUUUUGUCACCCAAAUUUAUCUACUUUUAUGCCAGAUGCACCAUACUAAUACCCCCUCUAGUGUAAGCAAACUUUCAUUCUACUCUCUUUCCAUGAUCAAUUUGGUAGAUGGUUCGUUGGCUACGCUUUAUUUCAUCGCGGCAAGUAUAUUACCAGAACUCUAUCUGCCAUUAGUGAUAAGUUCUUUUGCUUGCUUUAUUCUGGCAUCUAUAUUUGAGACCCGGUACCUUAUAUUGGUCUAUGCAUCGCAAUUCAAUGAGCGUAACGUCGGUUUAUUGACACUUUUAAGACGCAGUAACAAUGAUAAUAAUGACGGAACAAAUACCGAAGCAGCAAACACCGUGAUACCUGAUGAAGCGUCCAUUAGCGGGACACUAUAUGGUAGGUUUUUCUUCAUGCUUAUCUCAUUUACGUUGCUUACGUUGAGCUCGACUUCCUGGCCGCGCAAGAUAAGAAUGAUCUUUGAGUAUGUGACUAUAUUCGUGCUUAAUUCCUACUGGCUACCGCAGAUCUUUAGAAAUGCGAUUAAGGGAACUCUUCCUAGGAGGAGUAGACUAAGAAGUGAAGCACUCGGUAUACAGAGACAGAAUAAAAUGCCGCUACUAUGGAAAUUUAUUAUCGGUACCACAAUCAUCCGGACACUUCCAGUAGUGUAUGUCUUCACUUACUCUUCUAACGUCUUCAGACAUCAUAAGGAUGUUAGAUUUGUUGUUGUCUUGUGUCUGUAUCUGCUGUUUCAGAUUGCUGUCCUUUACUCUCAGGAUAUACUGGGCUCCCGUUGGUUCUUACCAAAGCUUGCAAUCCCAGAAGGCUACUCAUACCAUAAGCCCAUGUCCGCUCAAGAACUCAUGGAACAUGGAAGUUCUGUUGACCACACAGUGGAUUGUGCUAUUUGUAUGUCUGAAGUGCCAGUUUAUGUCGAGGAUGUGCCUGAGACGCACAAGGUCGACCUACAGACCUAUAUGACGACGCCUUGUGGCCAUGUCUUCCAUACACAGUGUCUCGAGAAUUGGAUGAGUUACAAGCUACAGUGUCCCGUCUGCAGAUCUCCACUACCGCCAUUAUAA